AGAAUUAGCCAGUGUGGCAACUCUGCACCGCGCAGAUAAGAUUGUUUUGCUUCUUUCCAAAUAUUUUAUACAAUAUUUAAAUAUUUUGCGUUUGUUGCAAUGGACUCAAAUGUGAAUCCGUUGGCCGUCAUUCUGGUUUACUUUGAUAGCAAAGGAGAUCGCCUGCUUUAUCGCUAUCCAUACCAGACUUUGGGUCAAGAGGUGGCCACCGAGGAGCAACGCAAGUAUAGGAAACGGAAUCCUUUUGCUGUUGUCCAAACGGACGAUUUGCUGCAGACAACUGCAACCGCAACUAACAGCACCAGCAGCGUCAACGUUAACAAUGGAGCCACUGGCCAGCCUUCGGGACAACAGACAGGUCAACAGGGACAGCUUCAAGGAUUUGCCGAUGAGGUUUUAUCUGCUUUGUUUGCGGUCAAACCGCAGCUAUGCAAUCAGAAAUUUGAGCUUAAGCUCAAUGAUGUGCGCUUUGUUAGUCAUCCCACUCUAAUACCGCAUAAGGAGCAGCGACCCAGCAACGCCUCGGCGACUACCGUAAACACAGCGGCAUCCGCAUCAUUGGCAACAUCUGGUGUGGUUAUGGCUUCUUGCUCUACUGCCGCCAAGAAGCAGCAAAUGCUGAUCAACAUUGUCUUUGCAUUGCAUGCCCAGGCUAGCUACUCCAUUGUAAAGUGCUACCAUGAGCUUAGCAAGCGGCUCGGCUUGGCUUUGAAGUUUGAGGAGCAACGCAGCGGUUAUCUCACAGAACAGACGGGACAAAUGGCGCGAACGCAUGAUGAGCAGUCGCAGGAACAAAAACCGCUGGAACAAACCUUUGAGCUGAUCGCAGAGCGAUGCAGCUUGGCCCAGGCUCUUAAAUCCAUUUUCCAUGAUCUCUGUACCACUGGCCUGCUCAGCACCUCUCUAAAUCACAAUCUUACCCUCUGUUUUUGCUUGCCGGCUAAAGCUCAUCAGCUGCAUAAGAAGGGCAGUAUGGUGGAUCCAGAAACAAUUGCCCGUUGCUUACGGGCUCUUAAGCCGUACCAUGGAAUGCUUUUGCUGGUGGACUUUGCUGAGCUUCUCGAUUGUGUGCCACCCACUGGGGCUCGCAUGCUUUGGCAACUUGUAGACGCCUACAAUCCCUUGAUCAGUCUUCAGAGUAUGGCAUCAAAUGCGGAUCUUAGUAUCGAGCAUGUCUAUAAAUUGGUCUCGCAUUUGGUCUAUUGGGCCAAAGCAACCAUUAUCUAUCCGUUGUGCGAGACAAAUGUGUAUGUGAUAGCUCCAGAUGCCCCGCUACAUACAAAAUCGCAUCUGGUAGAGAAAUUCUCAGCUCGCUUUGCUGGCAUGUCUCUGUUCGAGGUCAUCUCCGAUUUCUCGCUACCUACUUCUAUUGGACAUCUAACAACACCUCUGCAGCAGCCAGCCAGACAGGGCAUCCUUGCCCAAAUGGUUUUGUGGAUGCUGCAGCACCAUUUGCUAAUGCAGUUGCACACGUAUGUCCAAUUCAUGCCAAACGAUGAUGAUGAUGAGUUUGCCGACUCAGCUUCUUGCACCGCACAAAGACACAGCGAUGCAGACGAACUGGACGAUCAAAUCGAAGAUAAUCUACAUGGUGGAUCUGUCUUCAGUGUAUCUAGUCAACCGCUUCCUGUACCUUCAAUUGGUCUCACCAUUGGCCAAAGGCGAACAAUUUCCGAGAAUCAUUCUUCGCUUGCUUCCGCAUCGGAUAAUAUUGUGGUACAGGCCUCAUCCAGCCAUAAGUCCAACUUUAGCAUGACCGCCUCCCUCAGCACCGACAACUGCGAUAGUUUAGAUUCUAUGGAGGAUGAGCAGAAGCUUAAGGAACUGCUGUUGGUUUUCACCGAUGCCGAUCGGGCGGCUAUUCGCCGCAUUCCAGCUUCACUUAAUGUAGAUGAUCUAUCGCUUCUGGUCAAGCUUUAUCAGAUGGGCUAUUUUAAAAGCGAGCAUCAUCUCGAAGAGAUUAUGUAUUUCGAAAAUUUGCGACGCUCCCAAUUGUUGCAACUGCUAGACAAAUUUCGUGAUGUUCUUAUCAUUUAUGAGACCGAAGAUCCAGCCAUUGCCUCAAUGUACAAUAACAAGUAGCUUUAAAUCAAGCAUUCCAAAUGCAUAGAAAACACAUUUUUUUAAAAUAUUUUGUU